GAAGAGAGCGUGGAAACUGAGACAACAAACGAAGAAGUAAAUAAUAAAAAUCCAGACAAAAAAUGGAAAAGCCCCACUCAUUGCAAGAGAAUCUUUGGAGCCUAUUCUUAAGCGGGCCUUCAUUGUUCAAGUGAGGGAGGGAAGGAAGAAGCUUUUCCCAUUUCAAUUCUUUUCUUCGAUUUCAAUGAACCCCAAAAAGAUCCAAUCUUGACCAUUAAACAAGGCAGAUUGAUAACUCUUUUCAACCCCAUUCUUGCAGUUGUUGUUUUAAGCUGUAAUACUUUGCGUUUCUCUUCAUUUAUUUGAACCCUUUUCUUUUUUUCGCCUCAACUGGCUACUGCUGGUCACUUUCACACUUGUGGCUGGGUGUUCUUGAUUUCUGGGCAGCCCUUAUUAAUGGCGGCUGAGGAGAAGCCACGUUGAAUUGGAGGCAAAUAAAAUCUGUCAGAUCUGCAUUUUUCUUACUUUAGUGCAGAACCCGUAUGUUUUAUUGAACAUACUGAGAGCUUUUCAGUUUAUCACUGUCACAUGUGAGGGUGUGUGCGCUUCUUUUUUGUUUCUUGAUGUAGUGUUGUUGUGGUGGUCGAGUGAGUGGAGAGAGUAAAAGGAUGUCAGUAGAAGUGGGUGGUGGCGGUGGAGGAGGAGGGAUGGUUGGUGGUGGUGGUGGGAUUGAUCCAAGCAACCUGCAUUUGAAGAAAGAACUGACUCAAAUUCGCAAGGCGGCGAGAGUGUUGAAGGACCCUGGGACUACAUCAUCGUGGCGUUCACCGCUUGGUUCUGGUUCUUCGAGAUCCCUCACCAAGCAUCACUAUGUGCACCACCACAAGAAUGGUCACAUUGAUGGUAUUGGCAAAGCUUCUUCCUCUGAGCACCUUCUGCAACGCCCUUUGCAAGUGGAAAGUAAUGAUAGCUAUAGUAAAGGUAAUACUGCUGGUGAUAAAGGCAAUCCGACUGCCAAGGAGAAGGAGAGGAGGGUCUUUCUCUAUAACUGGAGGAAUCAGAAAUCUGAGAGUGAAAGGAGUAGGCAGAUUGGUGAAGAUGAUGGUGAGAACGGAAAGGACGAGGGAUCAUCCUCUACUCAAGAGGAGAGUCUUGAUGUGGAUAGCUUGAUUGAUGUGCGGAAUGGUGGUGGAAAUGAUUCAAAGAGUGAUACUUAUUUGAGUGAUAAAUAUGCUUCAGCCUUCUUUAAAUGUAAAGAUGCAAACUUUACACCAUCUAUUAGGCGUACUAUAAAAAAGAAACCAAAGAGGAGUAGUUAUUCUAGUGCCGGUUCUAGGCAUCAAAAUGAAAAACUGCAAAUGCAGAUACUACUAAGUAGAUAUGCGAAAAAUGUAGUGGAUGGUUUGCCUAGUUUGAGUUCCGGGAGGGAUGAUUUGCGGAGUUUGGUCGAUCAAUCAGAUGGUACUGAAGAUUAUUGUAAUUCUGAGGAUUUUGCGAGAGCAUCCGCAAUUUCGCCUUUGCUUGCUAGGCUCAAGAAUAAAGGUUGGGCUUAUUCCCCCACAAAGCUGUUGAGGAGUCAUAGGAAAGAGGAUGAUUCUGUCUCAUACAGUACACCAGCAUUGUCGACGAGCUCUUAUAAUAGAUACGCCAUUAGGAAUCCCAGUACUGUUGAGUCUUGGGAUGCAACCACGGGAUCAUUCAAUGAUGCUGAUGAUGAGGUGGAUGAUCAGUUGGAUUUGCCUGGGCGACAGGGAUGUGGAAUUCCUUGUUAUUGGUCAAGAAGGUCAACACCAAAGUCCAGAAAUGGGAGUUGUUGGUCUCCAUCUCUUUCUGAUACUUUAAGGAGGAGAGGAAGCAGCAUCUUUUGUGGAAGUCAGACAGUCUACCAAAGAAAACAUUACCGCUCAUCAUCAGGUUCCAACAAGAGGAGACUCAGCUCUAAGGCUGCAGCUCAGAGUCUUGUUCCCCUUCUUACCAACAGCGCUGAUGGGGGAGGAGGAUCAUCUAUGGGUAGUGGGAGUACUGAUGAUGAGCUCUCCACAAACUACGGAGAGCUUGAUUUGGAGGCUUUGAGCCGCUUGGAUGGGAGAAGGUGGUCUGCAAGUUGCAGGAGUCCAGAAGGGUUAGAGAUAGUAGCUCUGAGUGGGGAUGUACACGAGGAAAGUUCUCCUGAAAAUAUCCGUAGCCUGAGCAACAAAUAUAGGCCAAUGUUUUUUGAGGAAUUGAUUGGGCAGAAUAUAGUUGUUCAAUCUCUUAGAAGUGCAAUUUCAAGGCGAAGAAUUGCCCCUGUUUAUCUUUUCCAAGGUCCUCGUGGAACUGGCAAAACUUCAACUGCAAGAAUAUUUGCUGCUGCAUUAAAUUGCCUUGCCAGUGAAGAGACUAAGCCCUGUGGGGUCUGCAGGGAAUGUGCUGAUUUCAUAUCUGGUAAGAGCAGGAAUCUUGGAGAAGUUGAUGGCUCCAGUAAGAAGGGAAUUGACAAAAUAAAGUAUCUUUUAAAGAACAUAUCAGUGUUUUAUCCUUUGGCUCUUUCACAGUACAAGGUUUUUGUUGUUGACGAAUGUCAUUUAUUGCCCUCGAAGACUUGGCUGGCAUUUCUUCGGCUUCUUGAGAAACCACUGCCACGCAUUGUUUUCAUACUCAUAACAACUGAUAUUGACAACGUGCCACGUGCUAUAUUGUCCCGGUGUCAGAAGCACCUUUUCAACAAAAUUGGUAACGGCGAUAUUGUUAUUCGGCUAAGGAAGAUAUCCACUGAUGAAAACUUAGAUGUCGAAUCAAAUGCACUAGAGUUGAUUGCUUCAAAUGCAGAUGGUUCAUUACGAGAUGCAGAAACCAUGUUAGACCAGUUGAGUUUGUUUGGAAAAAGAAUCACUAAGUCCUUGGUGAAUGAGCUUAUUGGGGUCGUCUCUGACGAGAAAUUACUGGAUAUUUUGGGGUUAGCCAUGUCAUCUAAUGCUACAGAAACGGUGAUAAAAGCCAGAGAAUUGAUGGAUUCAGGUGUCGAUCCAACAGUGCUAAUGUCUCAGUUGGUGACCCUUAUUGUAGAUAUUAUUGCUGGAACUCACCCGAGUACUAAUCCCCAGCACAAUGAUUCUUUCCUUGGUGGGAGAAAUUUGACUGAAAGAGAACUAGACAGACUGAAGCGUGCAUUAACACUUCUCUCUGAGGCAGAAAAGCAUCUGAGAGUUUCAAGUGAACGGUCAACCUGGUUCACGGCAACCCUCUUACAGUUAGGUUCAGUGUCUUCGCCCGAUCGAACAAACUCCACAAGUAGUCGACGACAGAGUUCCAAGACCACUGAAGAGGGCCACAUAAGUACGGCUACAGAAGAUACUGCCCAGGAGCAAAGAACUGAUGCACAAUUUGCACGUGAAAUGUCCGGUUCUUCCGCAUCCUUUACAGUAUCUGCUAACCGCAAUUCAAGCAGCAAAGAGAAUCCUGUCUCACUGUCUGAUGAUGUUAGUUUUGAUUCCAAACCAAAUCAAAGCCAAUUUGUUGAUGCUGAGGCAUUGACUGUUAAUGAAUGCACAAGUGGAAGAACCACUUUGCGAUGCAUGGACUCAAAGAUGUUGAUUGAUAUUUGGAUCCAAUGCAUUGAGAAGUGUCAUUCCAAGACGCUGAGACAACUACUUCAUUCUUAUGGAAAGCUUAUCUCAUUAUCUGAAAUGAAAGGUGGUUUUGUUGCUCAUGUUGCUUUUGGGGAUAGUAAUAUUAAAACCAGAGCAGAAGGUUUUCUUAGCAGCAUCACGAAUUCAUUUGAAAUUGUUUUACGUCGCAAUGUGGAGGUUAAAAUAAUUCUGCUACAAGAUAUCUUGGGCCAGAAACUGAUUGACGGGAAUUCAGUGAACCUGGAAAACAAAUCGACACGGUCGAACAUAACAGGCGGUAAUUCCGAUCUUGAUUUACGUCAGGAUCUCUCGAAGGUAUCAAGAGGAAGCUUUAAUGUGACGGAAGGUCAUCAAACGCCACCUUUAGACUCUGUAGCUGGAGAUGCUAACUUAAGUACCUCAAAAGAUAGCAACUCAGAUAUACCAUUGCGGAGGAUUGAAUCCAUCAUCCAUGAGCAGAGAUUGGAAACUGCUUGGUUGCAGGCCAUGGACAAAGGAACUCCUGAAUCAAUGAGUCGUUCGAAACCUGAAAGGAAUCAAGUCCUCCCGCAGAAUGGUGUAGAUCAUCCAAAUGAAUUGGAAUCAAUGAGUUCUGUAAAUGUGCCCUUGCAGCACUGGGAAGAUGAGUUAAAUCAUGAAAUCAAAGCACUGAAAAUCAAUGAUGGAAUGGCACAUCAGAAGGAUCAGACUGUUAAUAGGCUCGAUCAGUGUCCUAUCUCUCCAAGCUUGUUGCAUAAUAGCAGCAUUGCAGGCAAUUUCAGCAAAGAUAACAUGGGAUAUGAAUCUGGAUCUGGAGCAGGUGGCUGCUCCGGGAUGUUCUGUUGGAAUAACAGCAGACCUCACAGGAGAGGAAAGGCUAAAAGAGCAACUCCUACACAUGCACGCAGAGUUGGACGGUUUUCUUGGUUCGGAGAUUGCGCUAAAUCGAGGAGAACAGAGAACAAAUACAGUAGGUGAUAAGAAAAGGAAGUCUUCUAAGUUUCAAGAAAUCCUUUUAAGAUUCAUUAGAAUUGUUUUAUGUAUUUAUAGGCUUAAAUGAGCCUCGCCAUUUCCAGUUUCUAUAAACAUGAGGGUCAUUGAAGGAAACAUGAUGUAAAGUUGUUAGACUUGGGCCUCCGCGUUGCUGUAGGUCCAGCCAGUUUUCAUGGUAUAAAUAAAAGUCGAGUUGCAGACGUUCA